AUGGUCUACAGACUCGUAAGUCUUCAACAGUGGAACUGUGGCCCCAAUCCCCCUUCCCCCUUCUCUCUCCCCUCCCAACUUUUGGGCUUCAGUUGCUGUUUUACCGGUGGCUCGGAUGGGCAGGUGGGCAACAACCUAGUCGAGGCGAUUACUGUACACACUGCUCCCGAUAAACCGGGCUCUCUCGCCCACAUUGCGGACAAGUGUGGUCUGCUCUGGCACCAAACCUGCGGAGCCUUUGAAGUGACUAUAUAUCAUGAGUAG